AUGCCAAUGAAGAGUCCAGUUCACUAUCCAACAGGUGACCUCGCCCUUCAGAAUCAGACUGUUUUCAUUGGGAGUUAUGAUUUGUUUACUGUACAUUAUUCUGACAGUUAUUUCGCUCAAUUCAGUAUCGAGUGGGCGUCGACCUUACAUCCCACAGUGCAACCAGGCACUUGCCUAAGUCGCUGCCUCGCGCUCAGACACAGAAGCACUUUUUUCCAUGUUUUGUUAAGGAACACUUGGCACUAGCUUCUGCGCCUUCGUCUUGGUUCAAAACGUUUUUCUGGAAAUGAACUCAUGAGAGAUAGCAGAUCACAUGCUUUAUAGAAUUAUCCAGCAAUCGGGAUUGUUGGCGUUUUUACAGGUCCUGAGUCCCUCUUUGGAAUGCGUUUCGAUUCUGCCUUGGGUUUUUUCUAUGCUAAGUUGACAAGGAUUUUAGGGCUUGCAUUGGGGAUUUAUGGCCUAGUGUCAGGGUUGCGGUUACGCUCAAGUGUUCCUUAAAUACCUUCGGGUUAAGGCAUAGUGUUACCUAUUACAGCCAUGGUCAUAGUUGUCUUUAGGAUCAUAGCUAACCAAGGUUUUCCCAGGGGUUUACAUACUAUACCACCUGCCGGCAGAUGCAGUAUUACAUGCUUUGCAAUGAAAAUGUACUCACGAAAAGCAGCGAAGACGAAUACGCGAAAAUUUUCAGUAAAUAAUUAGAUUCAAUUCUUAGAAAUAAAUUAUGCCUGCUUUGGUGAUUUGAUUUGUAUGGUGACAUUUUGCUUGUUAUGUUAUCUAUUAUUACCCGUAAACUACAAACUGUCAUGACAAAUAUACCGAGUUAUAAGCAUACUUGUGUAACACACGACACCUUUAGAUAACUACGUGUCUAGCGAUAUUUGUUAUGCAUACGCGCUCGACCAUAGGAUUUAAAAUCUCGCAGUCGAGUCAAAACAUAUUAUGACUGAGUAAUGAAACGCAUUACAUUUAUUGUCAACUGAUAUAAUUUGUAGUAACAAAAUCUCGCGAGGACAGAGUACGCUACCUCAGAACGACGAUAUUUACAAUUCCUGAUACAAGCGUGCAGGCGAGUUCCAGGUAGCGGUUCAGGAGAUGAAGAUGCGAUCACUGGAACAAGAAAUCUAUUUGCCUGACGUUUCGGAUUCUGACUCGAAUCCAUCAUCAGAGACAUUCGCAGAUAAAGGUGAUGGUGGCACCAGGAGUGCAGUAUUUAUAGCACGUGGCUGCCUGGGACCGUUUGCACACUGCAAUUAACCGUUCCCGGAAUCACCGCUGCGGUCGUAAUUGAUGCGUUAGUGGCUUGUCGGUCCGAGUCCGAGUCGUUAAUUGCCGUGAUUUCGUAAUCCGUGCUGGAUGCUGGUGUGACGAGUGCUCGGCAAACUGGCUCACUGUCAUUGUAAUGAUCGCUCGCCCGCGCCCUCCCCACGUGACUGAUUUUCCUGCCCAGGGAAAAUCGCAGUACGGAAUAGGGUACCGGGAGAUCAUUGUGCUGGUUUAUGGUUGCAGUCCUUAGAACCAUGAGUCGAGCAGCUCGAGGCUUACGCGGUUGUCACCUCUUGCGACGAUUGUUUGUGAACAGCAGAAAUAUUUUUAAAUUCGUAUGGAUGGAGUCCUAGCUUUUCAAUGCCUUUAACACUUAGGCAGUUUUUACGUCGGCACAUAUAGUAGAGACGACUAAAACUUGCAGAAAUCGCCAAUCACUUCUUAAGUCUCUAUAUUUUACAGUAUUCACCGGACUAAAACUUCAUUAACUUAGUGAAUCAUGCGCGUUGCUCAGCCUAAUGACUCAAGUAAAGUAGGAUUAGCAGGCCAAAUCACUGAAUAUAAAAGAGAAUCAAACGCGACUGCUUCACUGAGCAUGCAGGAGUUUUCCGUUAGUGCGCAUUUACCUGUUUCAGUCCGUUGGAACUAUGAACUUUCGUUUGGUAAGGCGGCUCACCAACGUGGUACUUGCGCGGGACGUGGUUGGCGCGCAAGGGCUGCAAUGUAAUAUCCCGAAGAUUUGUAUUUGCUUUAGUUUUCAAAAAUUAUCGUAGACCCAUGAGUCGAACAGCUCUCGGCCCACGCGCUUGCAUUUGAAACUUGAAAAUGUGGCCGGAUGCCGUCUUUUCGCAUUACUGCUGCUGUGUGCCCGAACACUGGUGUCCAGAGUAAUCUCCCAGUUUCUCUGCCUUAGUUGCUGUUCCCGCCACUGCACCGCUGGCGGUAAACGACUUCAGACGCUUCCUGUCUUGACAACUGGUCUUUCGACCUUAUGACUUGGGGUCUGAACGUCGCCUCCGGCGUAAUCCCGACUCCGAGUGCAGUAAGAAGUAGACUGGCGACUUCCGAUGAAUUCUUCAAGUACAGAGGAGCAGGCCAAAAAUUAGUGCUAGUUGUCCUCCCGUGUCAUUUAUAGUACACAUGCCCUCCCAAGCAACGGCUGUGUUUGAUAAUAGGCUCGAAUGAUAAUUCGAAAGGUCAGGCCAAUAUUCCUGUUCCUGUGGUCGCAUCCUCCUCUUUUUCUUCUCCUUCUUUUACGAAAAGCUUCUGAACAUCCUCGACAAAUGCGACCGCUAGCCCUGACGUCCUAUUGUUGUCCGUAGACUCAAGCUCACUGCAGUCUUCUGACUAGUCUGUGGUGAGGUACCUGACUAAUUUACCUUUGACAAUUUAGUCCCAUUUUUUUGACCGCAUUGCUUGUUUGAAUGUGACGAAAAACGACACACCUGUACAACCCGCGUUGCUAACGUGCUCCUCUGUCGUGGUCUGUUGUCAGUUUUCUUAACGUUUAAAAUCUCUAUAUUAUUCAUUGCUCCGUCUUUCCUUGCUGCCUUAAGGCUAAGGGCUCGUGAGAUAUAACUCGUUAGUUCGUGAGAACAUUACCACUUACGACAUUGGUGACUCCCGACGUUUACGCAGACUUUAUACCUUUCUGUCCUACUGGAUAACAAGUAACGUACUAUUUGCUUGGGAAUAUCUAUUCCAUUAACAUUUAAUUUUCUCCCGAAUUCUGUUAUUUUGACAUAUCUGUCUUAUUAUGUCUCGCUCCGAUCAACAACUUGAUGCCCCCGCCCAGUCCCUUCAUGCAAUCAAUUUUACCUGGCCUGAAUUCUGGCAACACGCUCCAGAACUUUACUUCAUGCGCAUAGAAUCACCCUUUUUAUUCUGCCAACGUUACCAAGGAGCUAGCAAAAUACCACAAACUUGUAAAGGUCCUCCCCGCUAGUGUCAUUUCUCAAGUUCAGUCCUUCCUAUCUAAUCCUUCUGCAGAUGCUCCCUACUCCGCGUUAAAGGCAGAAAUCCUCCGACUUAAUUCUGUGUAUGACCAACAGAGAUAUCACCAGUUAAUUAAGGAGGAUUCACUGGGUGAUCGGAAGCCCUCAGAGCUUCUACGUCGGAUGCAUUCUCCCCUUGGAGACAUGCAAGUUAAUGAUAAAUUUGUCAAGGAGAUGUUCCUAGAGCGUCUGCCCCCAGAUGUUCAAACGAUUCUGGCAUCUGGUUAUCUGGAUCUUACGGUAUCACAGCUGGCGGAGAUGGCAAAUCGAAUAUCAGAAGUGCAACGGUUCUAGUCACCUUCCGUUGCCCAGAUCUCCUCAUCUUCAUCGUCAGUGAAUGAACAUCUAGUGAAACAGGUGUCGGCCAUGGCGGAUGAGAUGGCCCCCCUUAAAAUACAGCUCGCCCGCCUAACUUCCAGUCGCUCAUGCAGUCGUCGUCGUUCUCGUUCGCGACCUCGGAUUGCUGAUACUUGCUGGUACCACACUAAUUUCGGCGUAAAGGCCCGUCGCUGUUCCUCACCUUGCUCUUUUAAGCCAAAACAGGGAAACCAGUCAGCCAGAGAAUAGAUGCGACCGUUUUCUCUGGCUCUUCCGGCUCUGGUAACACCUUCUAUGUUUGCGACACUGCGACUCGCAGACGUUUUCUGGUGGACACAGGAGCUCAAAUCAGUGUUGUUCCUCCAACUGCAGCUGAUCGUCGUUUCCCUAGCCCUGGUCUUCAUCUUCAAGCUGCUAACUGUUCCCAAAUUCCCACUUAUGGCAAUCUGUCCCUCACCCUGAACAUUGGCCUUCGUCGGUCAUUAAGUUGGAUCUUUGUGAUUGCUGAUGUCCCUCAUGCAAUCCUCGGCUCGGACUUUCUUGCCGAGUUUGAUCUCCUUGUUGACUGUCGACGUGCCCGUCUUCCCGACCGCACAACCGGUCUGUUUGUUCGUGGACUAACUCCCUUUACAAUCCCCACAAACUUAUCUGUUUUGGAUACGGAUAUUGCUAGUCCUUUUCGGCAACUGCUUCUUAGUCACCCCAACAUAAUUAACCCCCAGUUUCGCAGCGGUGAGGUUCAACAUGAUGUUGUGCACCAUAUCCGCACCUCAGGUCCUCCCGUGUUUGCUCGACCGAGACAAAUAGCACCGGAGCGUUUUCAGGCCGCGAAGGCGGAGAUUGAACACAUGCUGCAACUGGGAAUAAUUCGACCGUUCGAGAGCCCUUGGGCGUCCCCACUGCACAUGGUGCCCAAGGUGACAUCAGGCGACUGGCGACCCUGUGGCGACUAUCGUGCCCUCAACAACGCUACCAUUCCUGAUCGGUACCCCGUGCCUCAUCUUCAGGACUUUGCUGAAGCCCUUUACGGCAAAGCGGUUUUCUCGAAGAUUGAUCUGGUGCGUGCCUUUCAUCAGAUUCCAGUCGCCCCUGAGGACAUCCCUAAAACCGCCAUCACCACACCCUUCGGUCUCUUUGAGUUCGUACGCAUGCCGUUUGGUCUUCUUAAUGCUGCCCAAACGUUCCAGAGGUUCAUUGACCAUGAUUUACGUGGCCUACCCUUUGUGUACGCCUACAUUGAUGACCUCUUGGUGGCCAGCCGGAAUGAAGAAGAACACAAAAAACAUCUUGCCUUGGUGUUUGACCGUCGUGACAAGUUUGGUGUUGUCAUCAAUGCAGCGUAUCCUGCCCGGGCCGUCAGGACAUCAUGCCACAAACGCGUGACAAACGAACGAUCAAGGUCAUGGCCCCCUGUUCACACCGUCUUUGUGCUGAUUGGCCACCCAUCAGCCUAUGACAGUCCCCCUUGCCAUAUACCCGGCCGUUUCCACAAGCCUCCUCACUUGUGCUGUCUAUCGUACUCAGUACACGUCCUAUUUCCAAUGAGCCUUCUGUUUUGGAUACAUAACAUUGGCGACGCAGCCUAACGAACAUGUCUUCAUUGCUGCCUACACCGCUACCUUUUUGGCCAAAGAACACCCCGAAGCCCUCAAAUGACUCGUGGUUGCAAUGGAGGAAGACAUUUGACGAUUAUAUUGAACUACUCCCGAUUUUGUCACCCACGAUUGUACUGGACGUCCCGUCUAAGUUGAAACUCCUCCAGGCGAAUCUCGGAGAGUUGGGAUAACGAUAUUUCGAUGCCCCCGAUCUACAAAAGGCUAUAGAUCUCCAAACAGCCUUCUCAAAACUCGAGUCAGCGUGGGGAGGAAAGGACAACGUCUUUCUCAGUCGCUAUCGGUUUUGUCAAAUGCGUCAAGAAUCCAAUCAAUGUGUCAGUGAUUUUAUUACUAAUCUGACUCUGGCCAUUCAGGACUGUGGGUAUAAAGAGAGCAAGGCAGACAACUUCGAGCACGCAAUGCUCGUUCAGCAGUUGAUCGUCGGUCUACGCGAUGAAAAAGCUUGGGAAAAUCUCUUAUCAGAGAAGAAGGAUUUGUCAUGGGAGAAAGCCUGUGAUAUUGCCAGUCAUCAGGAGCGCGUGCGGCAAAACCUUCAGCAGCUGAAUCAGUCAAACGAUGGAGUGAUAGCAUCCUUGGAAUCGGAAAUGGCUGUCUCCCUGGUCAACACUGCUGUGUCUUCACCUAAACAGCGACCCUCAGCUCCCUCAAAACAACUACCAUCCUGCUACCGUUGUGGUCAGCAUCAUGUCCGGUGGCCAAACUGUAGACACCAGAAGACGGUAUGCCAGUUUUGCAAGAAAGUAGGCCACAUCGAACAAGUGUGUUUCUCCAAAAGACGAGCAAAUAGUAACACGCAUGCGACCUACCCUAGUCCAGCUGGGGAUGGUGAGGCGAUACUCCGAAUGUUUCCGGCCAACGCUACUCUCCAAUCCCCCUACAUCAUCACGCUUCCGGUUGAUCACCAUCCCGUGAAGUUUGAAAUCGACACUGGCUCAGCUGUUACUCUCAUCAAUGAGGCCUCUCUUCAGAAAUUACCCUCCCUCCUUCCGGCUAGCUCAACAUUCCGUAGUUACACUAGUCAGAACGUAGACGUUCGAGGGGUCUUUACAGCCGAAGUCGAGCAUGAUGGAGAACUUCAUUACUUGCCGGUUCAUGUGGUGAGAGGGAGCCAGCAACCAAAUCUCCUUGGACGGAAUUGGAUUAACUGCGUGCCUUCUGUGCUAUCCUAUGUACAUCGGAUUGGUGUAAAUCCGGCUUUAGAUUCAAUUUUGGUAAAUCAUAAGGAUCUAUUUCGUGACGAUUCUGCUACCCACUACCGCGGUCCACCUGUCAAGUUCCAGUUUCAGUCAGAUUUCCGGCCCCGGUUCUUCAAAGCUCGUACAGUCCCCCAUGCAGUCGCACCGAAGGUCGAAGAAGAGCUGGAUCGCCUACAGAAAGCGGAUAUUAUUGAGCCCGUGCAAUAUUCGGAAUGGGCAGCCCCAAUAGUUCCUGUUCUUAAAACCGAUGGUUCUGUGCGUAUCUGUGGCGACUAUAAGCUGACAAUCAACUCAGCAACUAAACUGAACCCGUAUACUUUCCCGCGCAUCGAGGAUCUGUACGCAUCUCUCUCGGGUGGUCAUCAGUUUUUAACUUUGGACCUAAAGCAUGCCUACAACCAAGUCGUCCUAGAUACUGAAUCCCGAGAUGUCACCACCAUCAAUACGCAUCGGGGUUUAUUUCGAUAUAAAAGACUACCAUUUGGAGUAAGUUCGGCUCCCGGUUUAUUUCGAUGCUUGAUUGAUAAUCUCGUGAAGGAUAUACCUCACGUUUGCGCAUAUCUUGACGAUAUAUUAGUUACCGGGCCAUCUGAACAUAGUCAUCUGGAGACUCUAAACAUCGUGUUAGGACGUUUAGAGGACGCCGGUUUUAAACUCAGGAAAGAUAAGUGCACUUUCCUUGCCGAGUCGGUAGAAUACCUGGGCUUCAGGGUGGAUAAAACUGGCCUCCAUCCACUCGAACAUAAGCUCAAAGCCUUGAAGAAGUCGCCGCGCCCCCAUAAUACUAGUCAAUUGCGUUCGUUCCUGGGGUUGGUCACCCACUUUAGUCGCUUUAUGAAUCAAUCAGCUACAAUUCUCAAGCCUCUUUAUCGACUACUUGAAAAGAAUUGUGGCUGGCACUGGUCGGAGGUCGAACAAAGUGUUUUCGAACAGGCAAAGGCGGCUCUUACCUCCUCAUCUGUCCUAGUUCACUAUGACCCCGAAAAGCCUAUCAUACUGAAAUGUGAUGCGUCUCCGUACGGCGUAGGUGCGGUUCUCAUGCAUCGAAUGCCUUCGGGUUCGGAGAUGCCGAUUGCUUUUGCAUCAAGAACCAUGUCACAGGCGGAAACCAACUAUUCGCAACUAGACAAAGAGGCCUUAGCAAUAAUGUUUGGCCUACAUCGGUUCCACCUGUAUCUUUUUGGCCGACACUUUGAAAUUCACACCGAUCACAAACCCCUCUUAGGUUUGCUGGGAGAAAAACGAGGGAUACAACAGAUGUCCUCGCCAAGAAUGCAACGAUGGGCACUCACUUUAUCUGCUUACACGUAUGCAAUGAAAUACGUUACAGGUAGUGCAAACGUAGUGGCUGACGCCUUGAGUAGGCUUCCUAUCGUGGACGAUGGCAUUAACUGGGCACCUGUUUUUGAGACGGUGAAUCUUUUGCAGAAUCUAGUCAACGCGCCUGUAACCUGUCAACAAAUUCGACAGUGGACAUCGAGAGAACCUCUCCUAAGUCGGGUAAAAAGAGCCUUACAAUCUGUCUGGCCGUCCUCUACCUCCUCUCAUUUUCAACCAUUCUUCAGCCGUCAGAACGAGUUAAGUCUACAAGACGGAUGCAUACUAUGGGGCAAUCGUGUAGUUGUGCCACCACAAGGCCGACGGGCCAUCCUCAGAGACCUGCAUAAUGCUCAUCCUGGUACAGUUCGAAUGAAAGCUCUCGCCCGCAGUUAUGUUUGGUGGCCCAAAAUUGACGCAGAUAUAGAAAACGUGGUGAAAGCAUGUCACUUGUGCCAAAUAACACAGAAGAACUUACCGAAGGUUCCUCUGAAGCCUUGGGCCUGGCCCGACUCGCCAUGGAAAAGGGUACACGUCGAUUAUUUUGGGCCGUUCCAAGGCCAUAUGGUUUUGGUGGUAGUUGACGCCCACACUAAAUGGACUGAUGCGAUUCGGACGGGAAAUUCUUGUUCCUCACUGACUACAAUCAACAAGUUGCGAACCGUCUUUUCUACUUUUGGGAUACCUGAAAUCGUCGUUUCAGACAAUGGCCCGGCCUUUAAUAGUGCAGAAUUUAAAGAUUCCAUGGAGAAAAAUGGAAUUACGCAUUUAACUACUGCCCCGUACCACGCUGCUUCAAAUGGCCUCGCAGAGCGUGCAGUCCAGACAAUAAAGCACGGACUAGCCAGACGGACAUAAGCGGACUUGGCCACCAAGUUGUCACUCUUUCUGUUCAGCUAUCGCAUAACACCAAACGGCUCAACGGGUGCUUCGCCUGCAGAAUUGAUUUUCAAGCGGCAGUUGCGCACACGACUCGACCUGCUUAAUCCAUCAAAGCAGGAUAGGGUCAUUGCAAAACAGACGAAGAUGAAAGAACGAUAUGAUGUGAGCAGCCGACCACGAGUCGUCGCGCCCAACGAAAGUGUCUACACGCGACUGGAACACGAAACCAACUGGUGUCCAGAAGGUGGGAGAAUUGUGCGUCGACAUAUGGACCAAGUUCGCAGCCGAACGGACACAGUAAGUGGAGAAUUCGGAGAGUUAGAACUGCCAGCAACCCUUGAUAGGGAUCCUGACAUCCCGAGGACUGAGCCCCAACUUCCUGCACAGGGCACUACGCCAUCCACCGAGGCUUAUGUUCCACCUCCUUCUACCCCGGCCAGCACUAACUUAGGGGCAGAGGAGCCAGUGACUGCACAAAGCGGUGCAGAGGUAGAAAAUACCGCCCUGAGAAGAUCGAUCCGAAACCGCAAACCCGUCCAACGCUUUCAGGACGAAUCUUAUUAG